CCCACUCUCUGAAGACCCUCUGCGCCACGAACCCCACUGCACUGCACUGAAGCUCCCGUCUCUCUCUAACUGACCAAAUCGAAAGGAAGCUCCUGUCUCUCUCUCUCUCUCUCUCUCUCUCUCACGGCCAUUCUCGCCGCAUCAAGAAGGAUUAACAGCACUGCCUUCUCCUUCAAAGCUGCAAUGGGCUGGUCAGACAACUUUGGACACGCCGUUUAAAGCUUGAAGAAGAGCAAAAAUGCAAGCUUUGGGCAUUUUGGCUUCGAUUUUUUAUCUGGGUCUAGCUACAUUGCGAGCAAAUGCUGACCCAGUUGAUGAUAAGCAAGCUCUGCUCGACUUCGUCAACAAUCUGCCUCACUCUCGUUUCCUCAACUGGACUGGGGACUCCCCUGUAUGCAACCACUGGGUAGGAGUCACCUGCAGCGGCGACAGUUCUCGAAUCGUGGGCGUCCGAUUGCCCGGCGUCGGCUUCGAGGGCCCGAUCCCACCAAACACCCUCGGCCGCCUAUCGGCGUUACAGAUUCUCAGCCUCAGAUCUAAUGGCAUUAGCGGUAACUUCCCUCCGGAUUUCGCGAAUUUGAAGAACUUGUCCUUUCUCUAUCUUCAGUUCAAUAAUUUCUCCGGGCCGUUACCGGAGGAUUUCUCGGUGUGGAAGAACUUGACGAUUGUUAAUUUGUCCCACAAUGGGUUCAAUGGGAGUAUCCCCAGUUCAAUAUCCAACUUGACUCAGCUGGAGGGUUUGAAUCUUGCAAGUAAUUUGCUCUCCGGUGAAAUUCCUGAUUUUCAGUUGCCCAAUUUGAAGUUCCUAAAUUUGUCCCGCAAUAAUUUGAGUGGGAGUGUUCCUAAGUCACUUGAGCAUUUUCCGAGUUCAGCUUUUGAUGGCAACAGUGUUUCAUUGCAAAAUUCUACUUCUGAGCUCCCUCCGGCCGUCUCACCUUCUUCUGAGCCAAGAACCAGAAAUGGUGGGAAGCUUAGUGAGGGUGCGUUGUUAGGCAUUGUUAUUGCUGGUUGUGUGUUGGUUAUAUUGGCAUUUGGUGUCGUGAUGCUAUUUCACUGCUCGAAAGGAAGAAGAAGAGCAACUGAGGAUCGUUCCUCGGGGAAGUUACCAAAGGCAGAGAUGUCGCCGGAUAAAGAGGUUUCGAGGAAUCAAGAAGCGAAUAACAAAUUGGUGUUCUUUGAGGGUUGUAGCUAUGCGUUUGAUUUGGAGGACUUGUUGAGGGCUUCAGCUGAGGUGCUGGGUAAGGGGACAUUCGGCACGGCUUAUAAGGCGACCUUGGAAGAUGCAACCACCGUGGUUGUGAAGAGGUUGAAGGAGGUUGCAGUUGGGAAGCGGGAUUUUGAGCAGCACAUGGAGAUUGUUGGCAGAAUCAGGCACGAGAAUGUGGUGGACUUGAAAGCUUAUUACUACUCCAAAGAAGAGAAGUUAAUUGUGCAUGAUUACUACCAUCAAGGGAGCGUCUCUGCUAAGCUGCAUGGUAAACGAGGGGAAGGUAGGAAUCCUCUGGAUUGGGACACCCGCAUGAGAAUUGCCAUUGGCGCAGCAAGAGGGCUCUCUCAUAUCCACCUUCAGAACAACGGGAAGCUUGUUCACGGCAACAUCAAAUCCUCGAAUAUCUUUCUCAAUGCUGAACGAUACGGUUGCAUCUCCGACCUUGGACUGGCCACUGUAAUGAGCGGGCUGGCUACACCUGUCUCUCGUGCCACUGGUUACCGUGCUCCGGAGGUCACAGACACCCGAAAAGCCACACAACCUGCGGAUGUGUACAGCUUUGGUGUGGUGCUACUCGAGCUCUUAACUGGAAAGUCCCCAAUCCACGGAACUACUGGUGGUGGUGGUGGUGGGGACGAGAUCAUGCACUUGGUGAGGUGGGUCCACUCAGUCGUGCGAGAGGAGUGGACGGCCGAAGUCUUCGACAUAGAGCUAAUGAGGUACCCGAACAUCGAAGAAGAAAUGGUGGAGAUGCUGCAGAUAGCGAUGUCGUGCGUGGCGAGGUUGCCCGAUCAGAGGCCUAAAAUGCCUGAUCUAGUGAAAUUGAUUGAAGAUGUCAGGAGCAGCAGCCACGCCCCAGAGAACAAAUCUGGGACUUUGUCGCCGCCACAACCGGCGGUUGGCACGGAGUCGUCAUCCUCAUUAUAGGACUUUGAGUCGAUCCUUUCUUUUUUCUUUUUUUUGCCCUUUUUCCCUUCAGGCGCUAUAGUUUGGUUUCUUGUUUUGCUGGCUUCAUUAGCUUGGUGUCUAGGUCAGCCGCCAUAGUUGAGUUUAUACUUGUUUCAUAGUUAAUGUUCUUGAUGCCUGCGGAAGAUUGUGUACCCUCUCUCUCCCUCUCUCUCAGAUAAAGAUUUACUUAGUCGGAUCAAAUUCUCCCACUUCUAGCAAUACAAAUGCAUGGAUUGAGUCUA